AGGAAAAGACAGGGGGUGGAGAGUAACAGUAGAGAGCAGCAGUGGUCCAGCCCCUCAGAAUCUGAAAAGCAUCACAGGAGCCUCUGGAUAAAGACCAGCCUUAGUAGCAAGGCUUGGAGACAGAGGAUUUCAGCUCAGUGAUAAAGCAUGAAACAGAUGUGAAGAAGCAGGAUGGAGCUCAAGAGGGGAAAGACCUUCAUAAAAUCCAGUGUGCAACAUGAGAAAGGGCCACCAGUGCUCCCAGUUCCUAUAAGCAAAGACAAAACAGCAGCUCUGAAUGGAAACCAAAGUGUAGCUGAAGUCCAGCUGGCAUGUUUGGCCACACACAAGAACUACAGGUUUUCUACCAGAGCAACAAGGAAUGGAGCUGGUGACCACAGCCUGGAAAAAUCAUCUGGGUCCUCCUACAAACUUGUAAGGAAGAGUAAAACCCAUGACUGUGUUGCUGAGGCAGACAAAACAGAGCACUGCAGCUCCAGCAGUAGGGCUUGUGAGGAAGGUUUUUCUGGAAAGGGUAAAGGCCGGCUUGUGAACAGCAUCAGCUUUUCAGGGAUGUCCAGCUCCAGCAGUAAGAAAGAGUGUUUGGUCAGUCCCAGCCAGUCUGCAUGCAGCAGCCAGAUGAUCGAUUACAGGAACUUUGUGCCACAGAUGCCUUUUGUACCAGCUGUCGCAAAAACCAUUCCCAGAAAGAGGAUUUCCCUCAAGAGAUCUAAGAAAGGGCUCAGAGAUAUAUUCCAUAUAAGAAAAAACAAACCAGACAGCCUCACGUUCCUGGUGGAGAAGGACAAGAAUCUGUCUUCUCCAGCCAGCAAGAGUGAGUUGUCUGGGAGCCUUGCGAAUUACCUUUUCAAGUCUGGAGAAAGCUUUGCAGCUGACUGCUUGUCCCAAGACUGCUCAGACAGUGAGAUACAGUCUGACUCUUCCUAUGACUGCUGCAACACCCUGUGUGAAGAUGUUGCCUCUCUGAAGAGCUUUGACUCCCUCACUGGCUGUGGGGAAAUCUUUGCUGAUGAGAGCUCUGCUCACCUGGAGCUGGAGAACAGCAAGGAAGUUCUGCUGAGGCGAAGCAAGCACAAAGACAACCCUGUAAUGGGCUCUUUCCAAGGGGGGGUGGAGCAGCUGGCCUCUCCUGGCCAGAGUGAGACGGCUGAAUUUGCAAAAUUCUGGGAUAACAUCAACAAAUCAGUGAGGCUACAUCAGAGUGCUCUGUUUGAUAAGAAGGUACGGAAGGUACCUGGUCCUGACAUGGAAACGGCUAGAAGCCAGGCUGCUGCAUCUGUGACAAUCCCUCAAGUGUCGCCUGAUGAAGACGGUGACAAUUCCAAAGAGAGCUCCACAGAAACAGGAACGCCAAAAAGUGACAACCAGGAAUCCAUAUCCACAAGUGAUGAGGGCUACUAUGAUUCAUUCUCUCCUGGACAAGAUGAUGAAAUGAAGGAAGCUCAGACGCCUGGGGUCCCAAGUAGAUUUCCAAGAGACAGCUACAGUGGAGAUGCCCUUUAUGAGCUCUUCUAUGACCCAAAUGAAGUAAAAAUAAACUCAGUCUUAGACGAUGACCUGUGUGCAUCUGAAAGCUUUUCAGAACAAGCCAUUGAAAUACCUUUGUCCAUUUACAGCUUUCAUGUUGGAGCUGAGGAGAACAUGGCUUCCCAACCGGCUCUAGACAUUAUCAGCCAGGGUUUUUUCCACAGCACAUGGAAAGGCAAAGAGUGUUUGCUAAAGCUCUGUGAUACUGAGCUUUCCCUGACCAUGGGGAUAAUAAACUGGCUGCGUAAACAUGCAGGACUCGCUUCCUCCCCUGACUCUCCUCAGAGUGCUCACUCACAGCCAGAAAAGUCUAAUGAUUCACCAAUCCCAACCAGCCCCAGUCCAGAGCAGAAAGUGAGCACAGAAGCUCAGCAGGAGAAACCAAGCAAACAAGAAUCCAAUGCAUUUAACCUAUGUGUGCCCUUGGAUGAAAGCAAGCACACAACCCAGGCUUCCUCAGAAAACAUUGCUGAAAGAGACCACAGCCUAGACUCUUGUCCGAACACAUCUAAUCUGGAUUUCCAAGGAAGGGAAGGGAAUAGCCACAAGGAUUCACCUACAGUGCCUGGGAAUGUGGAAAUUACCAGAGCACCAAACUACACACCACAGUCACUGGGUAACAGAGACAAUCUGCAGACAUCUUCAACUGAGAAUGAGAAGAUGACAAUUACAGACGGAUGUGAGACAUCCAGAGAUAAAACCCCACUGCCAGAAAAGCUGAGCAGAGAGAGUGGCUCUCAGAGCUCUGAAAACCCUCUGUUAGAUGACAAUAACGAAGUAGAAUCGUGUUACUCCUACAAGACUGCUGCGACCUCACUCCUAGAACCCCUUGAGAGGGAGGACAGAAAUAAACCAAUGUAUCACUCUGUCUCUAUUUCCUGUGACAAACCGCUGCAGCCUCUGACUCUCAGACACUUUCAGAGUUACAUUAGCCCCACACCAACAGAGAGCAGCCCUAACAUAGUGCAGCUUUUAGAGCACUGUGUAACACAAGUGGCAUCAUUUAAAAUCAGCUAUGAAAACAAGCACCUGGAAGACAAAUGCAUUGGGAAUGAAAUGAACAAUAUCAUUCGUAAGAUAUCUCAGUACAAAAACAAGUUACUGCUGCAAAAUGAAUGCAACUGCAUUGCCCAAAAUCCAGAAUACUCCAGUAUUCCUAGCACAAACCAAUACAACUAUGAGACAAGUUCCCAAUCUGGCAGUCUGUAUCAUUUGAAGCAAAACGGGGAGCAAAUUUACUCUGAAGAUCAGAAAAGUAGAGCAAAAAUCCUAGACAAGGUCACCAGAAGCAAGAUGAACUUUGAAUAUGCCCAGCUAAAUAAUCAAGCACUCUGCUGUUUAAAAGACAUUACAUUUGACCUCAGUCCAAGUGACUGUGCCCCUGCUACAACUCUUAGUAGACCAACAUUUUUACCUCUCUUUAAGUCUGUCUGCUCAGACACACCUGCUACUUUCUUGCAAGAUUCAGGCAGCUCCACCAUCCCUCAUCCUGACCUGGUGCAGCCCAAAGAGCCCAAGCACUGCAGCCCAGGGCUGUGGAGUUAUGCAGAGACUCCCUGCAGGGGCAUGGCUCAGCUGAAUGCUCUGUCCCCUCACCUAGAGGCAUCGACCCCAGACACAGCAGUGACAGGGAGGAACCACCAGUAACACAUCUGCAUUGAGAAGGUGCAACACUGAAGAAUCAAUUUUUAGAUAUGGAUGCUGCCCCCUCAAGUGUAAUAUAGCUUGAUAUAGUUCCAUGAUGUACCGGUGUCAGAAUCAAUCAACGAGAAUUUCAAUCUAAAGAUCCCAAAAGAGAAGAUGCAACAGAAAAUCAUGCUGGUCUGUCUAACUAAUAAAGUUAGGAUCCCUGUAACCACACAUCCCCAAAGCCAUGUUUGCAGAUGGGUUGUAACUAAACCAAACCAAACUUCCGCAGGAUUUUGAAAGAAGUCAUGCCAUGACAGGGAGGUUUAAAAAGAAAGAUAGCAUAUUUCUGACACAUUGUGCCACACAACUGAAAAUACCCCUCUAUUAUUAAAACACAAGUAUGUGCAGAAUGAGCAUCCACUUGGGCAGUUGUUAUGAUGAAGAGGUAAAAUUGUCUUCUGUUAUACUAAUUUUUCUUAUAUUUUAGAUAAAUGCUUUAUAUAUUUUAUGGCAACUGUUAACCACCUUAAAGCAACAAGGUUCUGGACUGUAGAUUACAUUUACUGCCUGGGGAAAGGUAUUUUGUAAACAUAGAAAUGAAAAUAUCAGGAAGCAUAAUAGAGUAUGCCCUAUAUUGUCCAAAGACAUGUAUUUACCACGUAGCAGAAAUGACAAAUAGGAUAAACAGGAACACUUGAAAAAUCUCCAUUUAAAGAUAACUUCUUUGAUUCUGUGUUAAAGAAGAGAAAAUACGCUGUUUAUAUCCAUGAUAAUAACUGACUUCAUAUUAUACAAAGUCUUCUUUACCAAUUUAAAAACCAGACUCGGAGUACUCAGCGGGAUACUUUGUUAACUCGGUUUUUGGGGGGUUUUGUGGCACCCUUGGAGCCAGUUAAAUGGAGCAGUGAUUAUUUUCAUACCCAGAUCAAACCUCAUCUUGGUGACCUGCUCUGAGAAUAAACUGAAACAAGAACUG